AUGAGCGUACGGCAGUGUGGUUUUGUCGCACAGCGCGGUGCAAAAGACGCCCUGUAUGAUGCCAUCGAAAUUGUAAAACAAGGCUUAAAACGUAAAGAAAUUGUGGUCGUCAUCUCCAUUGAUAUUGAGGGCGCAUUCGACAAUGCCUGGUGGCCCGGAAUGAUAAACGAGCUAGAAAAUAAGAAAGUAGACAGAUCACUAUGCAGGUUAAUAAGCAGCUAUUUACUGGACAGGGAAAUAAAACUUACAUAUGCUGGUCAUGAGCUCAACCCAUUACUAACAGAAGUUGAAGGCCUAGGAACAUACAUUCAAGCAUACGCAGACGAUAUAACAAUAAUAGCGAAAGAAAAAUCGGCAAAAGAUUUAGAAAAGGAGCUUAAUCCGGUGCUAUACCACAUCAUAAACUGGGCAAAAAAGAGAAAAAUGAAACUGGCAGCUCAGAAAACUCAGGCCAUAUUAAUAACAAAAAAGAUGAAAUUUGAAAAUCCAAAGAUAGUAAUGGGAGAAACGGAAAUAAGUUUCUCUGACACGAUUACAAUACUUGGACUCACGAUUGACGCCGAUCUAAACUUCCUUAAACAUGUAGACAGGGUAACUGAAAAAGCAAUCCAACUUUAUAAAAAAGUGGCAAAAACAGCUAGAACAAACUGGGGCCUGAAUCCUGAAAUUCUUAGGACAAUUUACAUAACUGUGGUAGAACCAACCAUAUUAUAUGCUGCAAGCGUAUGGGGACAUGUGGCAAAUAAGAAACAAAUAAAAACCUGGCUUGACAGGAUAACGAGAACCUUCAGUAUACUGAUAUGUAAAGCACAUCGCACUUCUUCUUUAAUCUCAUGCGCCACUUUAGCUAGAGUUCUUCCCCUAGACCUAAGAGCACAAGAAAAUGCUGACCUAUUUAGAAUUAAAAGGGGGGAACCACUGGAACGAUUACCUGGCAGAGAACUAGCAAAAUCUGUAAGUCCGUACUCGCUACCUCAUCCAGCCAAACGCGUGAACCAAACUUAUAACUUAAUAAAUGCAGAGGCAGAUCUUGAAUCUAUCGGAAAUGACUAG